UACCGGGUAACCCAAUGGCGGGUAUUUCCACGCGACUCGUGCGGAGAUAGUAAUAAUUUUAGGGGGAAUAGAUUAAUAUAAAGUCGGCUUUAGGAGCAAAUAGGCUGUUUUUGUUUGCUUUAUUGGGGUUGCCGGUUUGAGCACGCGCGGUAGUUGUAGUUCUUUAGAGGAGUAAGUGUAGUUCUGACUGUAACGGUGAGGUUAAAGCUUUAUUUUAGGGCAUUAUUUUACUGUGAAACUCUUAUUUACAGCCUUUUUCCCGGGUUAAAGCAGGACAUGCUGGCUGUGUGCUGCUGGAACUGUGUGAAAAGCUGCUGUUUAACACAGCUGUAACUCAGCAGAGGUGACUGAGAGCCUGUGCUGCAGUUUAACAGGGAGUUUUUAAGCUGUGUUUCUGAAUGAAGGAGCAGCAUGGCCACAUGUGAAGAAGCUGUGCUGGUCCUCCUGCUGCUCUCCUGCUCCUGCUGGAGCUCCCAGACCGCUAAACUCAACAUCCCCAAGGUGCUGCUGCCCCUGGCCAGGAGCACCAAGAUCAACUUCACACUGGAGGCAACUGAAGGCUGUUACAGAUGGUCCUCGAACAGGCCGGAGGUUGCCAGUAUUGAAGCUGUGGAUGUGGAUGAAAACCAGUGUUCUCAGAGAGCUGUUCUCCAGGCCCGGUCCACUCAGCCCUCCAGACUCACCAGCAUCAUCCUGGCUGAGGACAUCUUGACGGGUCAGGUGCUGCGCUGUGAUGCUAUAGUGGAUAUUAUCAGUGAGAUCCAGGUGGUGUCCACCACGAGAGAGCUGUACCUGGAGGAUUCUCCUCUGGAGCUGAAGAUCCACGCCCUGGACUCAGAAGGAAACACCUUCAGUACGUUAGCUGGUCUGGUGUUCGACUGGAGUCUGGUGAAGGGGACGGAGAUGGCUACGUAUCCUGAUUCCUACAACUCAUUAAGAGUCCUCAAAUUCUCCGAGUCGACCUACACCCCUCCCAGCUACAUUUCGGAUAUGGAGAGGGUGGGAAAGCAGGGGGACAUCAUCCUGGUGUCCGGAAUCAAAACUGGCCAUGCGAAACUGAAAGCUAAAAUCCAGGAGACGCUUUAUUCGAACGUUGGAGCUGCUGAAGUGAGGCUGCUGAUUCUGGAGAACAUCCUCCUGAGCCCCGCCUACGACAUUUACCUGCUCGCCGGCACCUCCAUCCAGUACAAGGUCCAGAAAAUCCGCCAGGGGAAGAUCACAGAGGUGGUGAUGCCGUGCGAUCAGUAUGAGCUGCACCUGAAGAACAGCGUGGUCUCUGCUGGAGGAAACCCGGAUGCAGCUGUAGCAGAACUGGAGCAGAGCAGCUCCACAGUCCUCGCCCUGCAGCACGGACACACCAACAUCGUCCUAGACCACAAGAGUCUGGGUAUGAAGGGAGCAUCUCGGCUUCCGAACGGUACAAUAUACGUAGUCGAGCCUGGAUACUUAGUGUUUAAGAUUCAUCCUGGAGAUCGCUGGAUUCUGGAGACCAGCAGAAUCUAUGAAAUCAGUAUUGAAGUGUUCGACAAGUCCAGCAACAAGAUUUACCUCUCUGAUAACAUUCGGAUCGAAACCGCCUUCCCCAAGGAGUACUUCGAGGUUCUGGAGUCGUCUCAGAACGGCUCCUACCACCGAGUGAAAGCUCUGAAACAGGGCCAGACCGUCAUCGACGGCACGCUGAAGUCCGUGGUGGAUCAGAGAGGAAGCGUCCGUCUGCUUCCUGUUCCGGUGAGGAACGAGCAGGACGUGGAGAUCUACAACCCCAUCGUCCUCACCCCCUCCAUCCUCACCUUCCCCUGGCAGCCCAAAGAGGGAGCGUACCAGUACACCAUCAAGGCGACAGGAGGAAGUGGGAACUUCAGCUGGUCUUCCUCCAACACAGCCGUGGCCACCGUCACAGUUAAAGGAGUGAUGACCACGGUGCGAGACAUCGGUGUUAGCACCAUCUACGCUCACGACCUGCGGAACCCCCUGCACUACGGAGAGAUGAAGGUGUUUGUGAUCGAGCCGGUGGGGAUGGAGUUCAGCCCGUGUGCGGUGGAGGCGAGGGUGGGGCUCGGGCUGGAGCUUCCUCUGCGGAUCUUCGGUCAGCUGAGCUGGGAGGCUGGAGAGAGGGUGACUCUGAGCGACUGCUCGCACUUCGACCUGCAGGUGGAGAUGGAAAACAGCGGCAUCUUCCAGCUGCUGGAGGAGAGAGUGCCCCCAGGUCAGGACCACUGCAGUGGGGUACGAGUCCAGGCUUUGGCUCCAGGAUACACCAGUGUGCUGGUGAGCUACACCCACGGCAACGUUCACCUCAACGCCAAGAUCACCAUCGCCGCCUACCCUCCUCUCAAAGCUGUGGAUCCUCCCUCUGUUGCCGUGGUAACCCUCGGCUCAUCUAAAGACAUGCUGUUUGAGGGCGGGCCGAAGCCGUGGGUUCUGGAACCGUCCAAAUUCUUCAGGAACCUGACGGCUGAGGACCCCAACAGCGUCACCCUGACCCUCACAGGUCCCGCCUCCCGCAGCUACUUCAGACACCUGGUGCAGGCCACCUGCCGAGCCCUCGGAGAACAGGUGUUAGCUGUGACCGUGGGGAAUCAGCCCACUGUAACCAACCCAUUUCCAGCUGUGGAGCCAGCUGUGGUGAAGUUCAUCUGUGCCCCUCCAUCACGCCUCACCCUCGUCCCCGUCUACACCAACCCCCAGCUGGACCUGUCCUGCCCCCUGCUCCAGCAGAACAAACAAGUGGUUCCUGUGUCUAAUUACCGCAAUCCUGAGCUGGAUCUGGCAGCUUUUGACCAGCAGGGGAGGAAGUUUGAUAACUUCAGCUCUCUGAGCAUGGUCUGGGAGUCCUCUAAAGUGGGCCUGGCCAGUAUUGAGCCCACCAAGCCCAUGGAGCUGCACCUGCUGGAGGACAGCAACAAGCAGAAGAAGCUUCACGGUCGUCAGACAGUGCUGGUCCAUCACCAGUCGGGGGUCGCUGGGAUCACCGUGACGGCGGUGGGCUACCAGUCGUCUCACCUGGCGGCAGCGGGAGUGGUGAGAGGGUUCGAGCCUCUGACGCCCGUCUCCGCUACGCUGGAUCUGCUGCUGGUGGAGGACGUGCGCGUGAGCCCAGAAUCCGUCACCAUAUACAACCACCCUGGAGUUCUGGCUGACCUCACCCUGCAGGAGGGCUCGGGUUAUUUCUUCGUGAACGCGAGUGUGGGGGGAAUAGCUGAAGUCGUGUUUCAGGAGUCUCAGGGAACUGCUGAGGUGGUGCCGGUGCGACCAGGCGUCCUGCAGGUGAUGGUUCAUGACCUCUGCUUGACCUUCCCCGCCCCCGCCACAGCUACGGUUCACGUCUCGGACAUUCUGGAGGUCUACGUCCGGGUGGUGGAUAAGGUGGAGAUUGGGAAGUCGGUCAGAGCGUACGUCAGAGUUCUGGACGACAAUAAGAAGCCCUUCCUCGCCAAAUAUUUCUCCCACAUGAACCUGAAGCUGAAAGCAGCAUCAUCCAUCGUUUCUCUGCAGCCUCUGCUGGAGUACUCUGAGAAGGACACGGCCACGUUCCUGGUGAAAGGCCUCGUGAUUGGACAGACCAGCGUGUCUGCAGUGGUGAUGGACAAGAACGGCAGGAGAAUUACAUCUGCACCACAGCAAAUCGAGGUUUUCCCUCCGUUCCGGCUGCUUCCGAGAAAAGUCACUCUGAUUAUCGGUGCAGUGAUGCAGAUCACAUCAGAAGGAGGUCCUCAGCCCCAGUCCAACAUCCUGUUCUCUCUGAGUAAUGCUGAGAUCGCCUCAGUUAACAGUACGGGUCUGGUUCGGGGGGUGGCUGUGGGGAACAUGACUGUAACUGGAGUCGUGCAGGCGGUCGACACGGAGUCCGGAAAACUCGUAGUGGUUUCACAGGAUCAGGUGGAGGUGGAGGUGAUCCAGCUGAAGGCCAUCCGUAUCCGAGCUCCGAUCACUAGAUUGAAAUCCGGCACCAUGAUGCCGGUUCAUGUGAUGGGUCUGACCAGUACUCAGACCCCGUUCUCGUUUGGGAACGCUCUGCCCGGCCUCACCUUCCACUGGUCUGUAACCAAGAGAGACAUCCUGGAGCUCCACACUCGCCACUCUGAGGCGUCUCUGCAGCUCUCUGCUGAGCAUAACUUUGCGAUGAGCGUGGUGGGGCGCAGUAAGGGCCGCACGGGUCUGAAGGUGGUGGUGAGGGCGGUGGCUCCUGAGGCCAGUCACCUGGAGAACAACGCUGUGGAGCUUUCUGAUGAGAUUCAGAUACAGGUUUAUGAGAAAUUACACCUCCUGAACCCAGAAGUGGCGGCUGAGGAGAUUCUGAUGUCCCCGAACUCCUUAUUAAAACUCCAGACUAACAGGGAUGGGCAGGGUGCGCUGUCCUAUCGGGUGCUGGACUGUCCAGAUAAAGCUGCGCUGAUUCAGGUGGAUGAUAAGGGAUAUCUGUCCUCAGGCUCUCUGACCGGCAUGGCCUCCCUGCAGAUCACCUCUCAGGAAACAUUCGGGGUCAAUCAGACCAUCAUCCUCGCCGUCAAGGUGGUGACGGUGUCGUACAUGAGGCUGAGCACCAGUCCCGUGCUGCACACGGCGAACAGAGAGACGUUAUCCGCCGUCCCGCUGGGCACGGUCCUGACGUUCACCGUUCACUUUCACGACAGCACUGGAGAAGCUUUACACGCCCACAACUCCCACCUCACCUUCUCCACCAACAGGGAUGAUCUGGUGCAGGUGGGUAAAGGGCAGAGUAACGGUACUCUGACUGUUCGGACGGUGAACGUGGGUCUGACUCUGUUGGGAGUGUGGGACUCUGAUCAGGCCGGUCUGGCUGAUUACAUCGCUCUGCCCGUUCAGCACGCCAUCCACCCGGCCGACGCCCAGAGCCUCAUUGUGGGAGACGUCAUCUGCUUCUCAGCUCAGAUCAUCAGUCCUGAGGGUCUCUCAGGUACGUGGAGCUCCUCCUCCGAUGCUGUUCUGCAGAUUCAUCCGAAAACUGGUACAGCUGUAGCCAGAGAUACGGGAACUGUGACGGUUUAUUACGAGAUCGCAGGUCAGCUGCGCACCUACAGAGAGGUCGUCGUUAACAGCGCCUCCAGAACUGCAGUCAUGGUUCCCUCAGGGGCCAUGGAAACUGAUAAAGAGACCAGAGUGCUGCUGACCACCAGAGAGCGAGGAACCAACCUGAUUGGAAGCUGCUCGGCUGCGCAGAUGGACAGCAUCGGCUCACUGCACCCAGAAAACUCCAUCAGCUGCAAUCUGCAGUUCACCAGCGACUCGGUGCACUUCUCUCCUCACGACGUUUACCAGAUCCACACCGCCUUCGACACCACAACAGGUUUCUACAGUUGUGUGCUGAACCUCCGGUCCAUGACGGAUCAGCAGAUUAAAGUUCUCAGCAUGUCCAUGACGAACGUGGUGGUGCGGGCGGCGGUGGAGGGCAGUCAUUUCUCCGGCGAGCAGCUCUCCGCUCAGCUGCCUGUAAAUCCGGGAUUCUACGCCGAUCAGACGGAGCUGAUCCUGAGCAGCCAGCACAGCUCCGCUGACCUCACCGUUUACGGAGCCUCGGCGGCUCUGCAGCACCUGGAGGUAAAGUCGAGCUCUUCGUCGGUUCUGGUUCAGGAGAAGGAGGUUUCUAACAGCUAUCCGAGCUUCAUCAAAUACACCGUUUACCUGCUCAGCCCCCAGGGGGCGACGUCUGCCACCGUGUCUAUAUCCAGCUCCUCCACCGGCCAGGUGCUGGUUAUACCUGUUACCAUCAUACACACAGGAGAGAUGGGAACCUCCAUGAAAGUCUCUGCUGCUGUUGGAGGUGAAGGAGCCGGAAUCGUUCAGCAGUUUGUGAACUCCUACCAAGUGAUGCUCUUCACCCUCUUCGCUCUUCUGGCUGGAACAGCAGUGAUUGUUCUCGUGUGCCAUGCAGUUUUCUCCCCGAGAGACCAGGCAGUUCACCCCGCCUUCAUCCAGAACUCUCCGCCUUCACCAGCCUCUCCGGCCUCGAACCCAUUUAACCACAGCAUGGCGUCGAGUGUGAAGAGCAGCCCGAAGUUACGCCUGUAUUCACCGGACUACAACUCCAGAUGAGCACGAGACUCGUGCGACAGAAGCGUCCGUCAUUCAGAAGUGCCUUCAGUGUGAAGAGAGGAGCUGAGGGUAUUUGCUUGCACUGGUAGAGUGAGUGAUUGUGAAUUAGAGCUUCAGUGUGUUUUAUAAGGAUGUGUCGAUGCACUGCAGAUCUGUACUAUGUCAGAGAGUGUGUGUGUGUGUGUGUGUUUGUGUAUGUUUUGUGUGCGUUUGCCUUCAUAUGCAUUGUAUUACCAAUAACCAAUGAUAGCAAAUGUUAUCGUUUUUUGGUUUUGUUCGUUUUGUUUGUUAGUUUGUUGUGCUGCGUCCCAAUUGUGCACUACACACUAGUGCUAUAAAGUAAAGUAUAGACUGUAUAACGGGUUUUGUACUGACAGUAAGUGGUGAAGCUUGCAUCAUUAUAUAUGCAUCAUUUUUCUAAUACUUCUGAAAGUAUUCUAAAGUGCAGUCACAAAAAAGACCACCAAAAUCAUUAUGAUGAUGGAACUGGCACUCAUCAGGACUGCCUCAGGAAAGGAAGAGCAAGAGUUAACCAGCUCCACAGAUAAGAGCACCUAGUAUUUUGGUUUACCACUUUUUUAAGUUACUACAUGAUUCCUUAUGUGUUCAUUUAUAAUGUAUAUGGAUAGUGUCACUAAUUAGUGCUCAAUUGGGACGCAGCCUUAGUUAAUUUUAUUUAGUUUUGCAGUGUGUUUUAUUCUUUUAUAUAUAAUGUUUGAUUGAUUAUAAUUUUUUUUCUUUUUUUUUUUGGUGAAAUCUUUUGAAACUCAGGAUAAAUCUUAACUCCAGUGCAGCAAAGGUGCUCACCACUGCAUAUCGACACUGUUGUUACACUGUCUGAUCUCCGCGGUGUAGCGCGUUCUAUCGUGAAGAGUAUCACCACUGAAUCCGUCCUAGCUACGAACUUUUUGCGAGAAAAAAAAAAAAAAAACUUCGGCCAGUCUGUUUAACCUGUGAUAUUGUUUCUACUGUUUGUUUGGAAGACCAGAAAUGCCUUUGGGUUUGAUUUUUUGAGCCAAUAAUUGUGCAGCUUCCCUCCUCGACUGAUGUGAAACGACUGAAGUACGAUUCUUGAUUUGUGAUAAUCACCAGAUUACUAAACAUCACCUACUGCUACUACUGGAUCACACUAGCAGUUCUUCUGAAGGAAAGGAGAAUAUACAGUAUAUAUGGACAUAUACAGUAUUGUGCAGAAAAAGUCUCAGGCACCUAUUUAAAAAAAAAAAAACUGACAUGCCAAAAGUCAUGGGACUAGGGACUGGGAACUAGUAUCCUGUCCCAUGACUUUUGCCAAAUCCAAUAAAAAAAGCUAAAGAAAGCAACGUUAACCUGUGGGAUAUGUGUGUGUUUGGUGUCGGGCAUAUAAACCUCUUAUCCAUUCACAUGGAAAAUUCGAGCCAGAUACUGCCGGUCACCAUCGUUACCACCCCCUCGCACUGCACUACUGUACACUGUGAUCUGUUGAAAUGCCCUCCAACUCCCAUAAUUCAUGUCGCCUUGCCAUGAGCACACUGGCCAGUGUUCCGGUGUUCAACCUCACUCACAAGAUAGCACCUCACAACUUAAACAGCUGUGGGUGUUCCCGAGCCGUCCCAAGCUGAGGCAACACUUGGAUCACAUGAUCAGUUUACUAAAACCACAUAGCCGUCCCGUGGCAAUGCAUGACUUAGAAUAAAAAAUAAAAAAAAAAUUGAAUAAAAAUUAAUACGAAAACUGGUGAUUUUACAUCGGUGUGUUCCUUAAAACAUCUCCAAAGCUUUGAUCUUUAGACUCUAGCUCACAAAAUAUCACAAGUAUCAACUAUUUUCCUCAGAAUUACAGAUUCCAGUUAAUUUUCGCAUAUUUUUACCUUAAAAAAAAUAGAAUAUCAUUGAAACGUUACUUUAUUUCAGUAAUUCAGUUCAAAAUGUGAAACUCAUAUAUUAUAUAGACGUAUUAAACACAGAGUGACCUAUUUUAUAUGUUUAUUUUUUUAUUGUUGAUGAUUAUGGCUUAGUAUGGCUACUUUUGGCAGUGUGGGCAGUGUGCCAAGUCCUGCUGGAAAAUGAAAUCCACAUCUCACUGUGUUUUAUUAUCAAGUCUAAAGUCAGUGCAGUUUUGUUUUCCCACAAAAUCUUACAGCACUUCAUGCUUCUUCCCUCUGCUGCUGACAACUUUUAUGGAGAUGCAGAUUUCAUUUUCCAGCAGGACUUGGCACACUGCCCACAGCACUGCCAAAAGUACCAAUUGGUCUUAGUUAUAUAAUAUUUAAUUUUUUUUUUAAACACUGAUUUUUGGGUUUUCAUUGGCUGUAAGCCAUAAUCAACAAUAAAAGAAAUAAAAGCUUAAAAUAGAUCUCUCUGUGUUUAAUAUGUCUAUAAAAUAAUAUAUGAGAUUCACAUUUUAAACUGAACUACUGAAAUAAAGUAACUUUUUUCAAUUAUAUUCUAAAUUUUUCUAAUUAUAUUUUGAAGUUUCUGCAGUUUAAACCACUUUAAAAUAAGUCUACGCCUACAAAGAGUUUAUAAAUGGUUUAUAAAGGAGCUUAUUAAUGGUUAUUAAUUGGGUUAUAAAUGCUUUAAAACUCACUAAUAGCUAUUUAUAAUAAUAAUAAUAAUAUAGAGUAUAAUAAUACAAAUAAUAAAUAAAGUCAAUUGAUCUUUUAAUAUGUGAAUGUAGACCACAUUAAUGAUUAAAUAAUUGAUCUGGGCAGUUAAAUAAAAUACAUUUAAUAAAACCUAUUAACUAAUAUGGUAAAGACGAAUUAAGAUAAAAAAAAAACAGGAUAAAUGAAUGAGUGUUCACUAUUUGGUGAAUGAUGGCUCACAAUUACUUUACUUCUAUUUUUAUGAUUUAAAUGGUUAUUCAUGAUUUAUAAUCUAAAUAACAAUAAUAAUCUAAUUUAUACAGCCAUUGUAAGGGUAGUCUUAUAUAAAAUCGUCUUUAGAGUGGUGCCAAACUAUUAAUACUCUCAUAUUACUGAGAGAAAUUCAUAUUAAUAAUGUUAAAUAUUAUAUAUUAAAUGUACAGGUGCCUGAAGCUUGUGCACAGUGCUGUGUGUUCGAGCCGUGCAGCAGAAGUGAUCUCUCGCAGUACGAUCUUUGUGAAUUGUGAAUUAUUUUCAUUUUUGUAUUUGAUUUGUUUAAAUAUCGUUAUUAUUUUUAGUUUCGUUUUUCUCCCGCUCACCUCAGUGGGCGGGGUUCUGGAGCCAUAAUCUGAUUUGUGGGCCGUGAGACUGCAGCGUCGGGUAUAAAAUGAGGAAAUCGCUUCAUUAAUUCUGUUUAAUUCUCUGUUUUUAAUGAUCAGCCUCAGCUUAUGUAUCGCUCCUUUUUUUUUUUUUUUUUUUUUUUUCUCCUCUCCUCUGUGCGAGUUUCUGUUUUGUGUUUUAUUGGCAGAGAGCCAGUCCCUCAUCUCGUGAAGAAGGAGUGUGUGAUAAGAGUGUGUAAGUGUGUGUGUAUAUCAGACUAUACGAUUCCUGCCUUCUAAGAAUCCACAUUAUAAGAUGCUUUGUUUGUAAUAUUUGUUUAUCCAGACUUUGCGAAAUAAAUGCCCUUAUUAAAAUACA